GAAGAGAAGUUUUACAGCUUAUUGCAAACCAACGAGCAAGGAAAAUGAGUCUUUGUUCAGAAUAAUCGACCGCGAUCAGGUUUUAGCGGCGCUAUAGUGCGCACCCAUACACAAUAGCAGUACUUUGAGAAGUUGAGUGGUCGGAGUUUCUCCAAGUCUCGCUCGCUUCAAGAACACUUACUUGUACAUGUAUCAAGAAGAACGUUUCGUGUAUUUACGUAAUCAGUAGCGCAAUGUGGUUGAGCGGAUGUCGGUUUGUCUUGCUGGUACUUGGUGCUGUGUUGCUAGCAAUACUGCUGCCUUCGAGUUCAAGAGUAGCUGGUGAAGUGUUCUUCUGGCGACCCAGCGUGUCGUGGAGUAAUCCCGCACAUUGGCAGAGUGGUGAGAUACCUUGCCAUGCAGACGGUAUACACCUUCCAGGCUCGCAGCAGCCAUGGUCCGUUGAUAUCAAGCAACCAAUUGCCCUGAGAAAACUAGUGAUUGGAGAAAAUGCUGGAGUGCAGUUUGGAUCACCGGGCACUGGAAUACAUUUCCUCAGAGUUGCUGGAGGAUGUGAAGCAUCAGACGGAUCACUACGACUGGGCAAGAAACAAGUAUUUACAGGUGCCCGGCUAAGAGAUUGGGGAUGUGCGUCAAACUGGCUCUAUCAUGAUGGUCGUGUGGCAGAGAGACCACCGUGUCAUGGGGAUGUUGCAGUGUUCCAACAGAAUUCCUCGAUACCCUGGGUGCACAUAACCAAGCCACUCGGUGUUGGUCAGGUAAUUUGGCAAGGACGGCUAUUGCGUAACACGGACGACUGGCUCUCAAUCACCAAGCAUCAGCUGGUCAUCGCUCGCCAUGCACGUUUCAAUGCCGAGUGUGAUAGUGUCAGCGACUGUGAUUGCUAUACGUCAACGUCUGGUUGUGAAGAGGGUGUGAAAUCAGAUGAUGACAAUACUGCUCAUCGGCCUACAGAACCAGCAAUCACUACAGCGCAGCCCUCGUCUGACCCACCAACAAGCGCUAGCAGAACAACUUCCGCCGACGAGGCCACGGAGCAGACUUCUCAGCCAUCAGAGCAGCCAGUGUUUGCUGUAACCCGUAACAACACAUUGACGGCCCAUACUGCAGAUGAUGUGCAUAUCGGAGCAUCACUGCCUCCCACACUAGUCUCCAUUGAGGAGCGUCAGGAUGCAUUUACCAGCGAUUUCUUAGAAUCAUCGUAUCACACUAAGGUAAUCACUGAUGAUAAACCAGCUUCAACUUCAGCCGUAUCGGCCGAUGAUCUAGUGAGAACUGAUCCAGGUGACAGUGGAAACAGUGCCUUACCUGCUGGUGGUGCCACCGCUGACCAAGACAGUGGAUUUUCCAACACCACUCUGCUACUGAUAGUCUGUGUGGUAGCAUCUCUACUCCUGUCCCUUGUCAUCGCGAUGUUUGUCAUUGCCUGCUAUCGGAGACGUAAUCGUGACGUGAAAACCGAGACAACUAGUUGGUCACCAUCAGCCAAGCGUAGUGAAGUCCAGGUUCCUGAGUCAAACAGUCAUGAAUACGCUACUCCUGGCAAGGCACUACAGCAUGUUGAUACCGUCAUGCUGCAGGCUAGCCGUAAGCAAAUCGCCGAGUACAGUGACCCGAGCAUCUGCACUCAGAGUGCUGCCUAUGCUGCAGCUAGCUGUUGCCAUGCUGUGGAUGCUGCCCCAGAAGAGUACGACCUGUCAGCAGCUGAGACUGGUCUCACAGAGCACGACGGUGGUCCUCACACUGGUCGUAGCUCUAUCGUCAGCUCAUGCCGGUCAUCCGUCCCUCCACCAGUGCCCGAGAGACGGCUUAGCCAAGUGACACCGACUGCGGGUAGUGAAGGCAUGUUCUACAGCCCACUGCCAGGUCGCAGGUUUGCCACGCCGGAAAUGUCGGUGCGUCGCUUUGCUACGCCAUCGGACUUGCCGCAGUCCGAGUGGAAGAGGAUGGUUUUAUCGGAGUUUGAUUCGUGUGACAGUCUGAGUGCUCCGCUACCUCCUAUGCAGACAGCUUGCGCCACUGCUGCCGUUGGUGGUGGUGGUGAUAGUGGUUAUUGUGGUGGUGGCGAAAGCAUUACUCAUGCUGCAGUGAACACAAGCAACACCAACGCCAUCGAUGUCAACAGUCACACACUCGAUGCAUCGCAGGAGCUGUACACGUGUUCCAAGAUGCGACGCAGCCUCAGCAACUGCCACGGCGCCAGUAGCAACAGCAGCGUGUUUGUUCACGCUGGAAAGCGAUCACGCCCAGCCAGCAUCAGCAGUGAGAAAGAGCUAGGCUCAUUAGCGCGUCAGCACCAUCAGCAGCAGCAACCACAGCACCAUCAACAGCAACAACACCAGCAGCAAAGUCGUCGCUCUACUGCAGCUGCUGGCCAGCAUUUUCCGCUGGCAGAUGGUUACAUCAGUUCGUCGUCAUCAUCGCCUGCAGCAUCACGGCGCAGGUCCUACGCCAGUGCAGCAACAACCAGUCUGCCAGCUGGUGCACCCAGUGCGGUUGCUGCUACUGCCUCUGCUUCUGCUGGCAAUGCAGCCAUGUCUGUAUCUACAUCUGCAGCACAACAGACAUUUGAGGUACUGGAUGAAAUGGCUACGGAUGACAUGAGCAGGGGAACUACAUCAACUGGUCUCUACUCUACGUCAACAUUCAGCACACCCGCUCCAGUGGCCGAGGCGACUUCUCCUCAGGAUGAGGACACACCGGUGUACGCUAAUGUUCGGGACGGCUUCCGCCCUCGUGAUGUCCACACCGUUAUGUCCAUAGCUGAGCAACGAGGCAUAGCUGCAGGCUGUGAGUAUAGCAGUACCGGUCACACCCACAACAACAGCAGCAGCAGGCCAGCACAAGAUGUUCUAGCUAGUGAUCAUGCCGGAGAUUUGCAUCCUGAGCUUCCAAGCCCUCCAGCUCUAGAUGAACUUGUGAACAUGCAACAUGACAACUAUCGGCAGCCCUACUACACUGCUGAUGAAGAUUUCUAGCAGUGUCACAGUCACGCUAGCAGCAGCAGUAGCAGCAGCAGCAUUGCUUGAGCUAUAGCAUUGCUACUUACUUCAGCAGUGCAGCACACACUUUGCACCUUGAGCGGCGGUGUAGUGAUGUGUGUGCGUGUGCUUGCAGCAGCUAGCUACUCCAGCAGUAUGCGUACAAUACGGAGACAGCAAGCCAUGUGUAACAGUAUGGUUCUAUGUCUUCAUUGGAGGUCUUUCUAGUCGCCGCAUCCGAUAUAUUUUGCAUUUCCUCAUUUUCCUCAUGAUGUUUCACACACAUCAUGCCAUUGCCCAUGUUCUGCGACCUGC